UCCAGCUGAUCUGCAGCCGCCUGUUUCUUUCUUUCUCAUCAAAUAGAAUGGAGAAUCUCCCAGGCUGCCGAGAGGAGGAGGAGGAGGAGGAGGAAGGGGACUCGUAAGACUCGCUGCAAACUGCACCCGCCGGCCGCUCGGCCCCUGCUUGCAGGCUGGCUGAUUGACUCAGGACAUGCGGCUGCAAGGCCGGCCACGCGACACCGAGGAGACGUGGAUGCCGCGCUAUAAAUAUGCCACGCAGGCAAGGCGCAACAGGCGACUUCUCCUAGCUCGCUAUGCGGGCGCGCUCCAGGGCGAGGGGGCUCCGCGUGGCGCUCCUCUUGCCGCCUCUGUAGGUAAGGAGGCCCGGAGGCGGCCGGAAGAAAAGCUUUUCAGAGGCCAGGCAAACUUUUCUCCGAAAUGAAUAAAUUCCGAAAGGUUUGCCGAGGCAGCGGGCGAGUCCUGGCUUUGAUUUUCGCAGCCUCGGUCAUUUGGUUGAUCUUUGACAUGGCAGCCCUCAAGUUGUCCUUCGGCGAGAGCGGCGCCAAAGUGCUGCAAGGGGAGACGGGCGGGAAGGAAAGGGGGCGACGGCGAGUUUGGCGCAACUCCGAGGAUGGCCUAGGGAGGUGGUCCCGAGAGGAGUCCGAGGUCUCUCCGCCGGGACAAGACGGGAAGCCUUCUAGGAACAGCGAAGAUGCUGGCCGGAGCGCGGAGGGGAGAAGGCAGCGCUUAUCCCCCGGCACGACCCCGGCCAAAGCAGCGCCCGGGAAAAUACCCGGCCUGCGUGACAUACUACCGCUGAAACGGCGGCUGCCGCCGGCUGAACCUUCCUAUUCCGCGGGAAAGAAAGUCAAUGGGGCGGCAGCCACCAGCCACCCCCGGCAGACAACCCCAGCUCUGGCCCGGUGGGACCAGGAGCCCCACUCAGUAGUUGCUGAAGGGCGAGCGCCUGCCAACCCAACUCUUCCAAAGGGAGCCCCUCAGAAGGCGCCUGCUCAGAGGACCGCGGGAGGAGCGGAGGAGUUAUUGCACAUGGAGUUCACAGAUAAAUGGGCUUUGGCUGGGUUAAAACGUGGUGUCCCCACCGGAAGCAAGCCUGAGGAAUGGCAGGGUCUUCCCAAAGCCAACAGGACUGGGGGGCUACUAAGAAUGGUAGAGGCUCCUGAGGUCACAGGAAGGUGGGGUUUACCUGCUGGCAAGCUGAAUACCUCAACAGCAGAGAAGCAGGAAGUCUCUCUGAAUAAAAGAGCUCCAGGAAACCUGCCAAAUAGGAAGGAUGCAAAACUACCCCCAGCAAAGGAUGCUCUUUUGGAAAACCAGCAGGUCUUUAUAACCAAGGAGCUGGUCCCUAUGGUUUUUCCAACAAUUCAGCAUCUCCAAGUCAGCACCAAAGGAUUUAGAUCGAUGGGAAAGUCUGUACAGCUGCCAGGUGAGAAAAGCAGUAAUAAGCGGAAAGCCACCAAUGCAACCCAAAUAGGUGGGCUAAUUAAAGCCGUGACCACGGAGGGGAUCCUUGCUAGAGGAGGAGCACUGGGGAAGAUUGACAAAGGCCAUUUAACAGGCGAAGAGCAAUUCCUCAAACCUAAUCAGAGUAAUGUGGAUUUCGCAGAAAAAAAUCGGCUGCACAAAGUGUUAACAAUCGAUAGGACCUUGGCCCCAAGAGACCCCAGAGCGCCGGGUCAAUUUGGGCGCCCUGCUGAAGUCCCAGGUGAAAAGGAGGAAGAAGCCAAAAGGAGAUGGAAUGAAGGGAAUUUCAAUGUCUACCUCAGUGACUUAAUCCCAGUUGAUCGUGCUAUUGAUGACACAAGGCCUGCUGGAUGUUCAGAUCUUCUUGUGCACAAUGACCUUCCCACCACUAGCAUUAUCAUGUGCUUUGUUGAUGAAGUGUGGUCUACUCUCCUGCGUUCUGUCCACAGUAUCCUCAACCGGUCCCCCCUUGAAUUGAUUAAAGAAGUAAUUUUGGUGGAUGAUUUUAGCACAAGAGCUUACCUGAAGGACAAAUUAGACAAAUACAUGGCACAGUUUCCAAAGGUACGUAUCCUUCAUCUGAAAGAAAGGCAUGGCUUAAUACGAGCAAGACUAGCUGGAGCAGAGAUUGCCAAAGGUGAUGUCCUGACCUUCUUAGAUUCUCAUAUAGAAUGCAAUGUGGGGUGGUUGGAACCUCUACUGGACAGAAUUCAUUUACAUAGAAAAAAGGUUGCUUGUCCUGUUAUUGAAGUGAUCAGUGACAAAGAUAUGAGUUACAUGACCGUGGAUAGCUUUCAGCGUGGUGUUUUCACAUGGCCAAUGAAUUUUGGGUGGAAACCAAUUCCUUCAGAUGUAAUUAAAAAAAAUAAGAUUAAGGAAACUGAUAUAAUUAGGUGUCCUGUAAUGGCAGGUGGGCUAUUUUCUAUUGAUAAGAAGUAUUUUUUUGAGCUUGGAGCAUAUGAUCCUGGCCUUGAUGUUUGGGGAGGUGAAAAUAUGGAGAUCUCAUUCAAGGUUUGGAUGUGUGGCGGAGAAAUUGAGAUUAUCCCGUGUUCCCGAGUAGGUCAUAUUUUUAGGAAUGAUAACCCCUACUCCUUCCCUAAAGAUCGUCUCACUACAGUAGAACGGAAUUUGGCCCGGGUGGCAGAAGUUUGGCUGGAUGACUACAAAGAUCUUUUCUAUGGACAUGGUUAUCACCUCAUUCAGAAAAAUUUGGACAUUGGAGAUUUAACUCAACAGAAGAAACUGAGGGAGCAGCUCCAGUGCAAGAACUUCAAGUGGUAUUUAGAAAACGUGUAUCCUGAUUUGGAGGCCCCUCUCGUUAAAGCUAAUGGGCUGAUUAUUAAUGUAGCAUUGGAUAAGUGCGCCACUGUGAAUCGAUCUAGUCUUACCCUUGAAACAUGUGAUAUUAAUAACAAGAACCAAAAAUUCAACUACACUUGGCUGAGGCUAAUCCAACACGAAGGCUCCUGCGUGGCACUUACUGAUGCCGAAGGGACCCUGAGUCUGCACCCUUGCGAUAAAAGAAACAAUAGCCAGAAAUGGUUGCAUAAAUCACUGGUCGCUUUUCACCCAGAACUCAUGGAUCACAUUGUUUUAGAGCACCUUUCAAGGGCUACAUGUUUGGAAAUAGAUCAAUCUCAGAAAGUUCUGAGGGCUAACAUUUGUUUUCCAAGCAAUACCCAUCAGAAGUGGCAAUUUGAAAAUUACUAUGCUAAGUGAAACAGAAGCCAAGCAAGCUAUAUGUGGGAGCUGCUUAGUAGGCUGAUAAGUUCCAGAAUGUCAACUCUAGAAAUGGGAAGUUCAAAACCAGAAAUAUUUCUCAGAACCACAAUUUAAAAGCAGCAUAUGGGGAAAUCAACAGACGGAGAAAGACACAGCUGGGUUAACGUGGUAUCCUUUCAACCAGGGCUGUUACCUCAAAGGAAGCUGGGCAGAAAUCUGGCAGGAAAAAAAAGCUCAACAAAAAGGAAGUACUUUGAGUAUCUUUUUCCAUGACAAAAAUUAAACUUAACAACAGAAUAUUAUGCUUGACAUUAUUAUGGAAAUUGUUAUGAAUAUUUCAGUUUAUUAGUGUUUUCUCUCUCUCUCUUUCUCUCUCUCUCCCUCCCUCCCUCCCUCUCUCUCCCCUUUCUUUCUCAGAAAACUCUUUGGCAGAACUUGUAGUCUUAAAUAUCUAAAAAACUUUGUUCCAAAAGCACGUACAGAAGGUUGAAAAUGUCUUCCAAGUCUAGCAGAAAAAGUCUUAUUGUUGUCAUUUCCAAGAAAAUGCGCUAGAAACUCAGGCUGAAAUCACUUGACUGUAGAGUUCAGAAGUAACUUUUUCAGUGACCCUUUCUCCUAGAAUUAUGGUCACUUCGACACCUUUCAGAUCAUCCAAGAUGGGAAGGAGAAAGACGCUAUGUUGAAAACAGAAUUGGAGGCCUUAAAAUACUUUAUUUUGCUUUGAAAUUUCUUUUGGGAUAACUUACAACUCUGGCUGAGUAUUUUGUGUACAUUUCCCUCUUGUGACAAGAAUUCACAUUCCUUCUUUUAGAAAAACUGUGGACAUAAAGGUGUGAUCCCUUCAGUAUGAUGACAAGCAUGUAUUUGGCGGGAGGAGUGGGCAAAAUGAUAGAACUCAUGAAGUAGAGCUUAUAGAGUGUUAUCUGAAACAGCAUACCUUCAUAUAUGUCAAUGAUGUGAUUCAUUUCACCAGGCAUGAAAAAUUAAAAAACCAUGUAAACUCACAUUGGGUAAUUCCUCCAGCAGCAGUUUGUAUUGUUAUCAUAAGGCACUCCUGGAUGGAAGAAUUUGUCAUGCAUUUACUAUUUGCUAUCAAAUUUUGAAUUUAAGUGUAAUGAUCCUGACAGCAUGAAGAGCCAGAUGCUUAUAGCCUCCAAACACAGAGAGAUUCAAGCAUUGCCACAUGCCUGCAACACUUUGGGGUCAUAGAAACAUUUUUCAGAAGACUGCUGGAUUUGCACUUUGGAACUUGGCAUCAUAUAAGUUAAUAUAAGUUAAUAUUUUAGAGAUUUUUCACAAUCUACAAGAUCGUAGGACUGGGAUGUUCCUGGUGUAAAACUCAGUGAACAUCUCCGAAAAAGAUGUUACUUAAGAAUAGAACUCAUUGGGUCCCAUCACUCUCGGCACAAUCCCCUGAAACAGACAGAUACUUAGCACUUAACAGAAAAUAAUCUUUCCAAAAGCAUAAUCAAAUUUCACACAUAUCCCAGUAUCUUGAAAUAGUUUGUUAUCUUCUAAAAAGACAGAUACUUGUGUUUUUCAUAUGUCAAUAUGUGAACUUAACGUUUUUUGAUGAUGGGAGAAACACCAUUGAAUUAUCCACCUACUAUCUGAAGUCACACUGCCCAACGGUAUAAUGAAAUUAUUUAUACAGUAUAUAAUUGCACACUAUAAAUAUACUUCUCUAUGCAUUCUGCGUACUUGUGCAUAGCACAAGGGGACUGUGCCCUGGCUUGCAACCACUUUAUCUCUAGCUAUUUGUAUUUAGUGAAAAGAAACUCCUAGAAACUCCUAAUUAAGGACCUAGAGCCAAUUUGGUUUAGUGGUUAAGGCACCAAGCUAGAAAGCAGGGAGACCAUGAGUUCAAAUCCCAUCAAAGCUGUGAAAGCCAGCUGGGUGAUUUUUGACUAGUCACUCACUCUCUGCCCAACUCACCUCACAAGGUUGUUGUAGGAAAAAUAGGAUGAAGAUGAUGUGUUGGGAUGUUUUCCCUACCUUAAGUUGUUUGUAAAAAUAAUGGAUACAAAUAAAAUAUAGGCUUCCCCAUUAGGUGGAUGCCUGACAUUAUAGCACAUUCCAUUUAAACAAUAUCAAAAAUGUGUGUUUCUCAGGAAUUGACGGUUCUGAGGAAUUCUGGUCCUGCUUCCCUACAUCCUCUUAGUUGGUUGUGGCUUGAGAGUGGUGCCCACUGUUAAAUUAGGCUGUUAUUUGACAGGACCAAGACGUUUAACAAUAAUACUCUAAAGAUAUUUUUUUAAGAGCAGUGAACACUGGUAACUCUGGAGUUAAUUUGCUGCUUAUCAGCAUAAGAAUUCUUAUGGUUGUGAAUUGCUCUGGAGCAAAAGAUUUAAAAUCCACAUCUUGUGUCUCAGAACAUUAUGCUAACAUUAUUGUAUGUUUUUGUAAUAUAAGCUUAGAAGGCAGCCAAGCUUUCAUCAGCCAUCAUAUUUACAGCUGGUUACAAGAUUAUUUGGUGUCCAAGAGGGUCUCUAUAUAAUAUCACAUAAUGCUGACAAUGCUUGGCGAAGCAAAGUUGCCAAAAUAUUGAUUUGCCUAGCAGACAUCCCAGUUUCAUUCCCAACUGUCUUUCUGAUUUCCUUUGAAUAUCAUUUAGUAUUGCUACCCUGCGGGCACUAUCAAAAAAAUUACACAGAUGUUGUCUGUGAUCUCAUGAUCACAUUAAAACAUUAAUUUCAUUACAUUUCGUGUGCUGAUAUUCUAUCCUUCAUUUAGCCAACUAGAGAGGCUGUACGUAACAGUCACAUUGUAUUUCGCACUAGUCCCAAUGCAUUUUCACUCUUCAUUUUCCGAAAUGUCCGUUUCAGCGAUGGUUUAAUUUAGGCUUUAAAAAUAAUACUGUAUUCUCUGUGCAGUGUGGAGAACAAAGCAGCAUAAGAAAAAAAAUGCAAUAUUGUAUCCAGUUUUUCUUGCAGGAAACAGAUAUCCUGGGCUCAAUAUCCGAAUAAAAAUUUGAAGUCCGGGAUAUAAGAAUGAGCACCUGUGAAAUUCCCUUCAUUCCAAAGCAGAGUAUCUGAUACAAUUAGUAUUCGCAAGCUUUAAAAAAAAAAAUAUGGCACAAAUAUUCCUUUACAAUCAAUUGUGAUUUCUUGUUUUCAUUCUUUAACAAGCAGUUACGUUGGCCUAUUUCCCUACAGUUUGCAACCAUAUGUUAUCUUUUUUGCUUACUGGUGAAAAUUACAAAAAAAUGCAUUCCAAAAACAAACCAGGCUUAGAAAGUUGAUGCCACACUUUUGGAAAAGAUGCCAAAUCCAAUGGAUGUCACUAUGAAGCAGUGUAGAAGAGGACAGAAAGAAUCUUCCCUCAUUCUCUCACCCUGAUUACUGGGUUCAUAUCUGGAAAUAAAGAGAAGUAAGCCCCUCAUCCUUACAUUAGCUCUGAGUUGGUAUUUACUUUGCCUCCUUAGCUUCUGUGUCUUGCAGCUCUUUGUGUAAUUGUUUUCAGAAUCAAGCCAAGAUAUAGAUGUGCUCUAGGACAGGGGUCUUCAAACUUGGCCCUUUUAUGACUUGUGGACUUUAACUCCCAGAUUCCUCAGCCAGCGUGCCUGGCUGAGGAAUUCUGGGAGUUGAAGUCCACAAGUCAUAAAAGGGCCAAGUUUGAAAACCUGUGCUCUAGGAUUUGGUUCUGCCUGCUUUGGUCUCUUACACAAAAGUUUCAAAUACAGUUGACUAUUCUUUUUUUUACUGUUUGAAUUUAUCCAAUCCAUUUCUUAGCUCUAAAAAAAAAUUGCACAAUGCAAUUUCGAUAUUUCUUACAUUUUUUCCCUUACAAAAUAGAUUGAUGAACAAAUAUCAGUCUCAUGUCCGUACCUCAUGUUCACCGUAAUUUAAGAUCCUGGCACUGAACGUCUAAAAAUAUCUAAAGAAGCCAUGUUAAAUUGGUUUAAUAAUGUUAAUAAAUUGCCAAUGCAGCCUGCCAUCACUUUUCCCUUUCUGUAAAGUCCAAUGAAACUGAACUGUGUGCUUGUGGUGAUUUUUGCAUUUAUGAAUGAAAUGUCCAUUAAAGAUAGAAAGACUGACAGCCGAAAAAGAUUUAGUGGUCCAUCCUGUCUGUAUGGAUAACUUCUGUAUUUGGUACAGCAUUGAUACAUCAUAACAGCAGCAAGCCUAGGUGAAAAGCUGGUCCUUCCAUAUUGAUCUGUAGAACAUGUGACAAACAUGGACAUCUUUAACAUCUCUCCAAGAUAGGUAUCAACUCUGAAAUGUGAAUAAUCUCAAGUUUCACCUAUAAACCUAAAUUUAGAUAAAGCUUCACUGGAACGAUUGCAAAUUCUCUGCAAUUAAUUUCUCUUUGUUAUCAAAGCACAAUCUUGGUUUUGCCUAAGAACAAAAACAAAAUCCAUGUGGACCUGGCAAAUGAGUUUACAGAGCUCUCUAGAUACCUGAACAGCAGCUACUUGUGCAAUAAGGGAACAUGUUGCAUUACUGCACUUUGAUGUAUUACCAAGUCUCGGAUCAAAAGGUCAUUUAUUGAAAAUAUGGACCGUACUAUUAAAUCAAAAUUUAUUACUCAUGAUGAUGAAGGUGUUGAUACUGAUGCAACCGUUCCCUUUUUCACUGAUCCUGGGAAUUCAAAAUGAAUCCCUAAUACCUAUUUCAGGGAGCCUUAAAUGUUACCAUGUUGGCUUCAUGCCACACACUAAUCUAAUAUAUUGUUUGUUUCAUCUUUGAAUGUAUACAUUUAUGCACCUAGCAAUUGUGACUUCUUCAGUAAACUGUUUUAGGCAGACUUCCGUAUUUUGUGAAACAUCUGUGUCUGAAACAGCAAAAAGCACGAACGUUAGGGAUCAAUGUAUGAACUUUGUCACUAUUUUUAUAUGAAAUAUAAUUUGUUCUGGUUGUAUAUUAUGCUCCUGAUGUUAAAAUUGUUUCAGUUUAAUAGCUGCUCUUUUUUAUAGCUGAAUUACCAUCCAGAGAAGAACUAAUAUUUUCUUUGGUGAAUUUAAGUAUAUUAUUGUGAUGAUUUGGAUACAGAUUCGUAUACAGGCUCCUCCCAUCAUUGCUGGAUUUCAUUAUUGGAUUUGAUUCUUACUCAUGCUUAGGUAGAUUUUAUUAAAAUCACUAGGAUUUGUAAAUCCUUGUAAAUCAUUCCGUGAUUUAAAUAUCUGAACUAACAAGACGUGCCUUAAUGUGCAGUCCCUUAUGACUUACUUUGGAAUAAGUUUCACUAAACUCUCCGGAAAUUAUUGCAGGAUAGAUAGAUAGAUAGAUAGAUAGAUAGAUAGAUAGAUAGAUAGAUAAGAUUAUUUUUUCAAACUGGAGCGCAUAUCAUUUAGAUAAGAUGUUCCUUCCUUGGUGCUGUUUGUUGAUAAUGUUUGACAUAAAAUUUUAAUUUUGAAAAUAAUAUUAAAUACCAAAAUUGUUAUAUAAAAA